AUUAAGGAGGCCUGAGCACAGCAGCAGGUUUUUCGACUUUGUGCAGACUGCGCGCCUGUAACUAAUUUGAUAGCGUCUCGUCGAAACAUCCGCGUACAAACAAAGUAACACACGCAUACCCUCGAGGCUGAGCAUUAACCCGUUUACGCAAGCUGGGCCAGCUCUUGCACACGCGCGCGCCACACACCGCCUAGUGCUACUGGCCGUUGGCUUCACAGAUACCAUGCCCAUGUUGAGACAUUAACCCUGUACAGCUGGGGUGGACUCGUCGAGGUCUGUUGGGCGGCCCGCCUCACGCGAGACCGGACGGAGUGCCCCCUGACAACAUUGGCAGUGGAUACCUGGAGAGCUACUGGACCAGCGGACUCCUCGCGACGCUCUGGUAGCUGAGGGUUCUUCUUGCCCAUCCCAGCACGCCUCUUGUGCUAACAAACACGGCCGGCGUCCUCGAUUAUAACUAAAGUUCUCAGAAGGAUAUCGUCACCAUCAAACCUAUUUGGCACGGGCUGGAGUUGUGGCGCCGAUGGAACGUGACGAAGCCAUCAACGCAGUCUCCGGGGCGGUCGCCGGCCUGGUCACCGCGGUGUUCGUCUGUCCCUUGGACGUUUUGAAAACACGGCUGCAGGUCACUCGGUCCCGCAGCACGACAAUCGCCGGCGGCAUCAAAGCCAUCAUCGCCAAUGAAGGGGUCAAAGGAAUGUACAAGGGGCUGGGGCCCACGCUCCUGGCGCUGCUGCCCAACUGGGCAGUGUACUUCGUCGUGUAUGACAGCCUUAAAAAGCGGUUGGGAGCCGUGCCAACCGCCGCACAGCAGCCGCAGGGGCCUGGGGAAGCGGGCGGCGGCGGCGCGGCGGCGGUGCCGCAGCUGCCGACCUCGCCCCUGACGCACAUGGCGGCGGCGGCGGGCGCGGGCGUGACCACCAUCUUGGUGACCAACCCGUUGUGGGUGGUGAAGACGCGGAUGCAGUGUCACGGCAUGUCGUUGCCGGGUAUGGCGGCGGAAGGGGCAGCGGGGGCGGGGGCAGCAGGGGCGGGGGCAGGAGCGGCGGCAGGAGCCGUGGCGACGGUAUCUGCGGCCGCGAGCGCCAGCGGGGGCGGCGGCGGAGCGCCGGUGGCGUCUACGUCGGGGAGAGCGGCGGCGGCGGCAGGGGCUGGGACAGGGACAGGCGCGGGGGCAGGGACGGGGGCAGCGGGGGCAGGGACGGGGCCAGCGGCAGCGGGGCCACUAGCAGGGCCGGCGUCGGCAUCGCUACCCCGGCCAGCAGUGGGUCAAGGGCCGGGGGCAGCGCCAACAACAGCAACAACACCACACAUACCACCAGCAGCAGCCCUGCCUCGCUUCCCCAACACGCCCGUCUUGCCGGUGCCGUCAACCUCCACGGCGGUUGCCUCCUACCUCAACCGUGCGCCGUACAAGAGUACGGCACAGGCGCUGCUGCGCAUUGCCCGGGAGGAGGGGCUGCGGGGGCUGUACAGCGGGCUGGCUCCCUCCAUGGCGGGUAUUGCACACGUGGCCAUCCAGUUCCCGCUGUACGAGUACGCCAAGCAGGCUGUGGCCUCACGCAAGGCGGAGCGGCGGGCGCGUGAGGAGUACGACCGUGCUCACCGCGAGACCGUGACGGCGCUGCGGAACCAACGCCUGGACAGACUGGUGGCGGAAGGCAGCGCUGGAGGCAGCGGGGUGGCGGCGGAGGCGGAGGCGGCUGCGCCGCUGGAGGGCUCAGAGGAGGCGACAGCGGAGGCGGCUGCAGCGGCGGCGGCUGCGGCAGCGGCUGCCACCACGGACACGCUGACUGUGCCGGAGCUGGUGGCGACGUCGGCGUUUGCCAAGGUGGUGGCGUCCACGGCCACUUACCCACACGAGGUUGUCCGCUCCUACAUGCACCUGAGCGGCAGCGGACCGUUGUCCGGCCUGAAGGAGGCGGUGACGGCGGUGUGGCGCGAGGACGGACUGAGGGGCUUCUACAGGGGCUGCGCGGCCAACCUUGUCCGUACCACGCCCGCGGCGGCCAUGACCUUCACCACCUUUGAACUGGUGUCGCGUGCAUUGCGGGAGUCGAUGUGAGAGUCGGUGCGGGGUGCCCCCGAGCUGACGUGCGGUCGCACGGUAGCUCGUGGCAGAGCGAGUGUGCCCACGAGUGGUAGGUUAGCGGUGAUUGCGAGCUGUAGCUUGGUGUGGCGAGUGUGGGAUUGUGCGCGUUGAUAGGUUGGUGAUAUGGUAGCCGUGAGGGCGGGAAGGCGGUGGUUUCGUUUGCGUGCACACACCUUGAAGCCCAUCUACCAGGCGAGCGCCGAAAUCCGGGGCGGUUUGCUCCAGGGUUAGCGCUCGCUAUCGGGUUGGCGCAGUUUGUGUUUGCUACUCUUGGUUUGCAGGUUGCACCAGCACGGCAUCCAGAAUACCGUUCGGACCAGCUGCUUGCACCAGCAAGCUUACAACUGUGUGGUGUCCGUGUGUUGAUCUUAGGGCUAGGCGAAUCAUCAAACUGAUCAACGCUGUAUUUGUCACGUGAGACUGGAGUGGACUGCAUGGCUUGCGUGGCGUCCUGUUGGUUGGCGGCGCUUCAGCCAAUGCUAGCGCCGGCACUACCCGGCACCGCGUUGCAUAGACUAGAGAGCAGGAGGUGUUUUUGAGGAGAUGAAGAACUAGUUUCUUUGAGCUUGGUGCGGCCGUUGAUGCCAUGGUUUCUCGUGAGGGGGCCAUGGGUGAAUGACUGUCGUGUGUGUUAGUGCUCUGCGCCACUGCAAAGAGCUCAUGUAAAUCGUAGAUAUC